AUGAUCAGUAUCCCAGAAGGUAUUGAUAUCCGGCCAAUAGAGAUCGAAGUGACAGAGGAUCCUGCAUACUGUUUGGCAAUCGAAGAAGGAGAAGCGGAAAGCCUCCCCAACGAAAUAAUCACGGAUAAUGCGAUAAAUUUGAAGAACAAGCAAAUGAGGGAGAUGUGUGAACAGUUCAAAAUCACUCACCGCAACUCCUCUCCGUAUCGCCCAAAAAUGAAUGGUGCUGUUGAAGCUGCAAAUAAUAACUUAAAGAGGAUUAUCAAAAAAAUGGCAGUGACAUACAAGGACUGGCACGACAUGCUUCCAUAUGCUCUACACGCUUAUCGCACCUCAAUCCGAACAUCAACCGGUGCCACUCCAUAUUCUCUCGUAUACGGAAUGGAGGCUGUCCUCCCGAUCGAGGGUGGUCGUAGAUCAGUCCCCUCUCUGCGCGUUUUGAUGGAAGCUGAACUUGAAGAAGCAGAAUGGGUGAGAGCACGAUAUGACCAGCUUAAUCUGAUCGAGGAAAAGCGCCUAAACACGAUUUGCCAUGGCCAGUGUUAUCCAAGAAGAAUAGCACGGGCUUAUGACAAGAAAGUUCGACCUCGAAGUUUCAAAAUUGGGGAUUUAGUGCUCAAGAAGAUCCUAGGAAGACCCACGGGGAAAAUUCAAGCCAAACUACGAAGGUCCCUAUUUUUUGGUAAAAAAGGUAUUUUCUGGAGACGCGCUUAUUCUUACCUAUAUGGAUGGAUAUGA